AUGGCUGGGUUAGAGCAUGCUGACGAUGAUGCAGUUGACGUACCAAAUCUGGAGACAUCGCCCGAAUGUGAUUUCGUGUCAACUAUCACAUCACGCAUUCAGGAAGUUUUAGCUCUAAGCCCAUUUGUCGUCAUCGAGAAAUCAUUGUGUCUGCGUCUCCUCAAAGCCCUUUCUAUUUCUUCGGUAAAUAUGAGAUGUUCAUGUCUCCGUCCAUAA